AUGCCUUUCGUCAUUGACCUCCAAGGCCAGACCGUCGUCGUCACCGGCGGUAACCGUGGUAUCGGUCUCGCCAUCAGCGAAGCCGUCGCCGGUGCCGGUGCCAACGUGGCCAUCCUCUACCGUUCGCACCCCAAGGCGCAAGAAGCGGCCGAAGAAGUGGCCAAGAAGUUCGGUGUUCAGGUCAAGGCCUACCAGUGCGACGUCGGAGACGAUGAGCUUGUCAAGAAGACGCUCAAGCAAGCUCAGGACGAUCUCGGACAGAUCACUGGCCUUGUCGCCAACGCCGGUGUUUCCGUUGUCAAGCCGGCCACCGAGCUCACCAAGGACGACUUCCGCUACGUCUACGACACCAACGUCCUCGGUGUCUUCAACACCGCCAAGGCCGCUGCGCAGCUCUGGAUCGAGUCUGGCUACAAGAAGGGAUCGAUCAUCAUCAACUCGUCCAUGUCGUCGCAGAUUUACAACCAGAAGGGCCUCAACGACCCUUUGACGCAGGUAUUCUACAACUCGUCCAAGGGUGCCGUGACCAACCUGGGCAAGUGUCUUGCCGCUGAGUGGGCCCCCCACGGUAUUCGCGUCAACAUCCUCGAACCCGGUUUCUGCAACACGGAACAGACGAGCGGUAUGGACCAGAAGAUCCGCGAUUACCAGGCCAACACCGUCCCCCUCGGCAGGUUCUCCGAGCCCCACGAGCAGGCCGAGCCUUGCAUCCUCCUGCUCAGCGACAAGUCGUCCUACAUGACCGGCUCCGUCAUUCGCCCCGACGGCGGCGCUACCAUCUGGUAA